GUUACGUGAGUAGAUCACAUACUGCAGUGAUGUGGCAGAGUCUAGUUAAGUCGCGUCGUUUCGUUGCGAAAAAUGUGUAAUCAACAGCGAGUCGGCAUUUAGUGAGCGGAAUUUGUCUGCAAGUUAAGUUAUAAUUGAACUAUAACUAAAUAAACUGAAAAUCAACAGAAUGGAACACAGCAUGACAUAAGUUAUGCUUCACUGAAACCAUUUUUCGUCCUUCCACAUACGUUUACAUAAAGUUGUGACUUUUUGCUAUUUUGUGAAGUGGACAGACAAGAGGAAUGUGCAGGAUCAAACUCAAACGGAAGAAUGGAACAGCAUACUAGAAAACACCAUAAACUUUAUGUUUUCGGGUGGUGCAGAAGGCAACAGAAUAUUAUUACUCAUAUGUGCCAUGAAGUGUGAAGGAAACGAUUUACAAUUAAUUGAAUUUACUAUGACUGAACAAGUUACCUUCAAUAUCAACACGUAAAUACUCACGCGUUCUGUGGAAAAUUUAUCAAGUACGAGUGUAAUUAAAUUUCUUUCGUAAGCAACAAAUGCUUGUAGUAAUGAAUUAGACUGUAACUUAUAUCCCACUCAUAUUGGAAGAGCGACUACUGAAAGCAGGACUAAACUAGAAUUUUUUAUUGAAAGUUACAUCACGCAAUUUCGUGUAGCUACAACUGUGACUCAGGGCAACACGAAAAUAUCUUUGUACCUGUCUGCAAAUGUUACACCACAAUACCAAUUCCAUAUAAUAUCUACAUUUUAUUGGGCUGAACAGUUAUAAAAGUGCAAAUUAAAUAUUCAACUUUCUGAGAUCUAGACACAGAGUGAAUGUUAUUUCUUAUUUUCUUCAAAAAGACGUAUCACAAAGCAGUAAUCAUCUCGUGCGACCGAAGUUCUUAUUCAGUAUCUUUUCUGUUUUCCUUACCUUUCAUCAGACUGAUAAAGUCUUCUGCUCGGUGAAAGUAAGGUGCGUCAGAAAAAAAUCUAUGCAAGUAAUGACCACAUUCAUUUAUCGAAAAUUUGUAGUUAAAUAGACGACAUCUUUAAAAGUUCCAUUUUUUCAGUGAAACAUAUCUGAACAUUUCCUACGGUAUUACAAUCGUUUAAAUUCUGCCAUGAAGAUUGUAAAUCAAUUUCAGAAAUAUCAAACUUUAAUAAAGUCAAAUAUGUUUCUUCCAUGAGAAUCAUUUGGAAUUUGUAUAUGAGAAUGUUCAACAGCUUCUAAAAUAUAUAUAAUAGUUUGUGUUUUCUUGCUUCCAGUGUAUUAGUUUCAAUCAAUAUUAUUUUUAAAUUUUUGCGUGUGGUUUUCGUGUUAGCCACAUUCUUUAACUUCUUAAUUCUCGAAGUAAAUUACGUAUUCUCAAAGGUUUCUGACGCUUGAAAUAUUUUUGAACUCUCUAAAGUGCAAACAAACAGUUGAAAACAUUCAACUAUCGUAUUUGCAUAAGAAUGUUUAUGUUAGGACACUUUAUAUAAAACAUCUUAUUUAGCAAGAGCAGUGAUAAUAUUAUCUUUUAGCAACGAGUGCCGCCAAGAGUUUAAUUAAUAAAUCUGUCGGUAAAGUAAUAUAAAAUUAUCUAAUAGAUGAGAGAUUUGUAGCUGUAAUUGGACUAACAACCAACAGCUGGCUGAGAUAACGUUGGUGAGUGAACUUCAUAACACACAUAACUUCCCUAGACAGUUAUAGAAAUUGUACCUUUCACGAUGGCAGCCAACUUCUUCAGCUCAUUAAUCUAAUAUAUUCUUAUAAAUUUAUAAAUUAUAAAUCUAGAGAAUAUUUAAUUCAUGUUUCACUGACAAAUCAUUAAGGUACCAAAAAUAAAUCAGAGGGUUCUGAAAGUAAAUUACUUAUUAACUCCGAAACUUCAGGAGUCUAGUAGAGACUUAAACCAUAAUUUUAUCUUAACAAGCAAGAAGGAAGUUAACAGAGCACUAUACUCGUGCAAGAGACGUAAUGAAUUAGUGAACUAAGUGUAUGCACCUGUUGGUGAGAUAGAUCUCAAUGCCUCUUAAAAGAGAUUGUUCAUUAGGCUGUCAUGAGAUCUACUACUAUUAGGUAGAGACACUGAGGUUAAGAUAUUGUGAACUUGCAUGAAGUGAAGAUUGUAUUAAUGCAAUAGCGAAAUUUAAAUAAGAACAUAUAUUUGUACUGAUAAUUCUCGGCUGGGGAUCAUGAGUCGCUAUUUCACAAUACUUUGUUUCUAAUUUUGUGUACUUUCCUCAUGAGGGAAUUCCAGAUUCUGCUGUAAGGCAGAACAGAACUGUAGCGUAACAAUUUCCAAUCAAAAUUAAAUUAUGCUAUUUAAAAUAUAUUUUCAUAAAUUGUAUAGAAACUUCUGUACUGAGUGUUGUUAAAAUACCUAACAGCGUAAACCUUAGUUUGCAAGAGAAAUAGUUCAUCAGAUACUAAUAUCUGCAUACCAUAACUCAUAGCUAAAUUCCAGCUAACCCUCAGGACUCUGUGGACUGCAGCCUCAAUUUUAAUAGCGUUAAUAGAAUUCCAUUCUCUACUAAAUCAGAAGACUAUAUGUCAACACAUGUCGUUCUUUUCUAAAGCUAAUGCCAUACAAAUAACAACGUAUUAAUUCGCUGUUUCACGCAAAUAACCUACAGGUAAUCUGAGAGAAAAUACUCAAAUUUUAGUGCCAAUAUAAUGUCAUAUUUAAUCCCAAUUUCAUACUAAUAUAAAACUUUUAUUCAGGUAUUCCCAGAAAAUUAAAUUCAAUUAAUAAAUUAAGUAUCUGACUACUGAAAUUUAAUAUGAUCAAUUUCCCUAUAUCAUUUCUAAAAAAAAAAAAUUUUGUCAUUAUAACUGCAAUACUGAGGAAUCAAAUGUGAAAGAAACGCGAGGCUUAAGACACAGCUACAGAGUCUUAAAAUUUUAUCUUCAAGUACAUUUUGUAUUUACAUUGUUUGUUUACUUUGCUUGCUGCUAAUAGCUAAGGACACUUCUUUUCAAGUGUCAUAUUAUUCACACAUUUUAUUAACAACUACAUGUUUUUAAAUGUGUCUUACUUUAAUGUUAUUGUAUUUUUUAUUUUGAGCAAAUAAUUUGUGUGCAACGGAUUUGUUUUCCUAUUAGAAAUUCGUUUUAUAAAAUAACAGAAAAAGAGAAAGUUUACUAUAAUGACGUUAAUUACAGAAACCUUAUUCAAGUGUCGGACGAAAAGUGGACAACCUCAUUAAGCUUCAGAAAUUGUUCAUCCUGAAAUUUGUGAAUAUUAUAAUAAAUAUAUCAGAAGAGUGAUGACACGUUUCAUAAUACAUCACAUGAAAUAUAAGCUAUAAAAUUGUUUCUGUCAUAUUAGUAAACCAAGAAAGAGGUGAAACAACUGGUGAUCUGAUUUGUGAGCGGAUUACGGACAGAAAUACGUAAUUGCUGCAGUAAUCGACUACAUGUCGAGUGGCAAAAGAUUGUUUCCUAUGCUUGUGUAUCGUGACUUCGAAUUUCCUCCAGUAUUACAUACAGGACACUAUAGGCUGUCGCUUGUACCGCCGCCGUUUCGGUUCCCCGUGUUUAUUGUGUAUGCCUGCGUAAUGAAAGUGUGUUAGUCAAGUAACACAAAGUCCUGAUGACCUAAUUACUUCCUGAAGAUGGCUGACGAUACAACAAUCCAUCCACCACCAGUGGCGGGAAUACCAGCUCUUCGCUACAGAAGCUGCCUGAACACGACCAGCAACUUAAGCUUGGCUUUCUGCGUCAAUGAGACUGUCACUGACGAACCACAUCAGCAGUCACUGCAGCUCAUACAGAAGACAGUUGCGAUUGUGGUUCCCCUGCUGUUUGGCCUCAUAGUGUUGGUAGGACUUAUCGGCAACGCGUUGGUAGUCCUCGUCGUCGCUGCCAACCAACAAAUGCGCAGUACUACCAACCUCUUGAUCAUCAACCUGGCCGUGGCAGAUUUACUCUUCAUUGUGUUCUGUGUUCCGUUCACCGCAACUGAUUACGUCUUACCUUUCUGGCCAUUUGGAGAUAUAUGGUGCAAAAUAGUACAGUACCUUAUUGUGGUCACUGCAUAUGCGAGUGUAUAUACACUAGUGCUUAUGUCUUUGGAUCGCUUCUUGGCCGUAGUACAUCCUAUAACCUCAAUGUCGAAUUUGUAUGAAUCUCAUCAGUGUUCGUCAAGCAAACGGUAUAAAAAUAUAUCACUAAUUCAAUACCAAAUGUAAGCAGAUGUGUACCGUUACACAGGGAAAUUCAUAGUAUGAAACACUAAAAUGGUUCUAUACAGAAGGAGAAUGCGUCAAAUAAGACGAAUAAAUGGUUGUUAUGUAGAAGGUGAAAGUACAGGACCAGAGAGUCGUGCCUCACCAUUCGUAAUAUGUAUGGAAAUAGUUAGUACAUUCAUUAAGCGCGUUCAGUUUAAAUUCCGUGGCACGGAUUCUGUUUGUCAGUUGAUACAAUUUAUUGUAAAAUUAUUUUUAAAUUAUUACCAUGGGCCUCAGAAUCUGCGUGCAGGUAGUUUCGUCUUACACUACACGUGUUAACCCGUCAGAUGCCAGGACGUGAGAGAAAUGUCGGGGGUUUUAUAAAGCCGUCUUCUCAAGUGUGAAAAACCUACACCUACAGCAACUUAAUAACGUAAGAUUCUGCCUUUCAGUGAGAUAAUAAGUUCACAGAUUUAUCGUGGCAUAUGAAGUCGCAGUUCAAUCUGUU